UUGGGCCGGCACGCAAAGGCAGUGCUUUUAAGGUUUAUUGGCGCUCUGUACUUCUCCCUAAGUCAGAAAAAGUCAUACAUUUUACUUUUUGAAACUGAUACUGAUAAUUUCCGAUAUUAAAUUUUAAAGCAUAUAUCAGCCGAUAAUAUCGGCAGUCCGAUAUUAAUGGACAUCCCUAAUAAAAACUUUAAAAAGGCUGUAUUAAGGGCAGGGGCGCCGAAAAGGAGGGGGUAAAGGAGACGGAUUCUAGGGGCCCAUGAUGGAGGGGGGCCCAGAGAGGCCCCUAAUGAUGAUGAAAUUAUAAUACAGAAAAAAUAAUGACACUGUGUUGGGGGCCCUGUAAAGAUUCUUUUCAUGGGGCCCAUGAUUAAGGGCAUGCAUUUAAAAAAAUUAAUACAAUUAAAUUAAAUUUAAAAAUCCAUCCCAUCCAUUUUCUACCGCUUGUCCCUUUUUGGGGUCGCGGGGGGUGCUGGAGCCUAAAAAAUAAAAAAAAUUAAACUUUACGAAUGUCAUUUAUAUAGAGCUCUUUAAACAACCUCCUUAUGUAGAGGUUGUUAAUAUAAUGUGAAAGCCUGGGCUGGUAAAUGAUUGCCGGCCACCCUCGCACCUUCUUGCGGGGAUUCACUGGGACUGGGAGGUUCCCUGGGUGGGUCUCUCAUGUUUAAUGCUGCAAUCCUGCUCUUUAUAUAUUUGCUGCCUAAUCUUCCUCCUGCACAGGACUGGAGGGGGUGUGUGCGCGAAUAGAAGGAGUGGAGCUGUCAAAGUUGUGGACAUGCAUUUAGGGCUGGUCCUGCACCGGACCGAACAUGUGACACAGCACCUGGCAGGAGUGGGCGUGCACGGCCGGGGUGGGAAAACUACACUUCCGUGACAUGGGAAACUUCCACAUGGACCCUACAUGGAUGUGUUGUUAAAUGCAGCAACAGCAGCUAAAGUUCGCAUAAGUAAAGACUAUUUAAAAUAUUUUUUGGGGGAAGUAAAGUAGGGGGCGAUGGAGCCCGUAAGUGGCAAAGUGGGCACGCCGUCCUCCGCGUCUGCGUCCGCCGCCGCCGCCGGCGUGAGUGCGAAGGCGCCCAAACAUCUGUGGAGGCAGCAGCAGCAGCAGCAGCAGAACCAGGCUGCUCUCUCCCCGCUGCACCACACGCUCCUAGUGCGCAGGAACCAGCAGCGAGUGAGACAGCGAGGCUUCUCCGACACCGAGCGGUACCUCAGCCCCCUCAACAUGGACAGGACUUACGCCGUGGACACGGGACACCGACCCGGGCUGAAGAAAUCGCGCAUGUCGUGGCCGUCGUCGUUUCAAGGUCUUCGACGUUUCGACGUAGACAAUGGAACCUCAUCAGGUCGCAGCCCACUGGACCCGAUGGCCAGCCCAGGAUCUGGCCUCAUCCUGCAGGCCAAUUUCGUCCACAGCCAGCGGAGAGAGUCGUUCCUGUAUCGCUCCGACAGCGACUACGACCUCUCGCCCAAAUCCAUGUCCCGAAACUCCUCCAUCGCCAGCGACAUCCAUGGUGACGACAUGAUUGUAACGCCAUUUGCACAGGUCCUUGCCAGCUUAAGAACCGUACGGAACAACUUUGGUGCAUUAACUAACCUGCAGCAAGAGAGAGCAUCCAAUAAUAAGAGAUCACCCAUGUGCAACCCACCCCCUAUCACCAAGACCACCUUUACAGAGGAGGCCUACCAGAAACUGGCCACUGAGACCCUGGAGGAGCUGGACUGGUGCCUGGACCAGCUGGAGACGCUGCAGACCAGACACUCGGUCAGCGAGAUGGCAUCCAACAAGUUCAAGAGGAUGCUGAACAGGGAGCUGACUCACCUGUCAGAGAUGAGUCGUUCAGGGAAUCAGGUGUCUGAGUUCAUCUCCAGCACCUUCCUAGACAAGCAACAUGAAGUGGAGAUGCCAACGCCUCAGACGCAGAAGGACAAGGAGAAGAAGCCCAUGUCUCAGAUCAGCGGCGUGAAGAAGCUGCAGCACUCAUCUAGCCUCACCAACUCCAACAUACCUCGCUUCGGCGUCAAGACGGAGACGGAGGACGAGCUGGCAAAGGAGCUGGAGCACGUGAACAAAUGGGGCCUUAACGUUUUCAAAAUCUCCGAGUUCUCUGGGAAUCGGCCGCUGACAGUCAUGAUGUACACCAUAUUCCAGGAGCGAGACUUGUUAAAAACGUUUAAAAUUCCACUGGACACCUUUAUCACCUACCUGAUGACCUUGGAGGACCAUUACCACGGCGACGUGGCGUACCACAACAACAUCCACGCUGCUGACGUCACACAGUCCACACACGUGCUGCUAUCCACCCCUGCACUGGAGGCCGUGUUCACCGACCUGGAGAUCCUGGCUGCCAUCUUUGCCAGCGCCAUUCACGACGUGGACCACCCGGGAGUGUCCAACCAGUUCCUCAUCAACACCAAUUCUGAGCUGGCGCUGAUGUACAACGAUGCGUCGGUACUAGAGAACCACCACCUGGCUGUGGGCUUCAAGCUCCUGCAGGAGGAGAACUGUGACAUCUUUCAAAACCUGACCAAAAAACAACGACAAUCACUUCGGAAGAUGGUCAUCGAUAUUGUGUUGGCUACUGAUAUGUCCAAGCACAUGAAUCUACUGGCUGAUCUCAAAACUAUGGUGGAAACCAAAAAGGUGACCAGCUCGGGGGUCUUGCUGCUGGAUAACUAUUCUGAUCGGAUACAGGUUCUGCAGAACAUGGUGCACUGUGCAGACCUGAGCAACCCCACCAAGCCCCUGCAGCUCUACAGGCAGUGGACCGACCGCAUCAUGGAGGAGUUCUUCAGCCAGGGCGACCGAGAGAGGGAGCGGGGCAUGGAGAUCAGCCCCAUGUGCGACAAACACAACGCCUCGGUGGAAAAGAGCCAGGUCGGCUUCAUCGACUACAUAGUCCACCCCUUGUGGGAGACGUGGGCCGACCUGGUGCACCCGGACGCCCAGGACAUUUUGGACACGCUGGAGGACAACAGGGAGUGGUACCAAAGCACCAUCCCCCAAAGCCCAUCCCCCGCCCUGGACGAACCCGAGGACGGCGGCCGGCACCCGGUGGGGGACAAGUUCCAGUUCGAGCUCACGCUGGAGGAGGACGGCGAGUCCGACACGGAGAAAGACAGCGGCAGCCAGCCAGACGAGGAAGAGGAGGAGGAGGAGGAGGAGGAGGAAGAGGAGGAAAACAGCUGUACGGACUCCAAAACACUCUGCACGCAGGACUCGGAAUCCACGGAGAUUCCCUUGGACGAGCAGGUGGCGCCGGACGAGGAGGUGGCGGAGGAAGGGGACACUUCAUACUCGCAAACUUGUGUGGUGGAGGAGGAGGAGGAGGUGGCGGAGGAACAGGAGGAGGAAGAGAAAAGCCCCGACACAUAGCAGUCCAGGACAGCGCCUGAUGAACUCUUCUUCUUAGUAAUGAUCAUCGAUAGAAUAUUCUGCGAGGGGAGGGUCCGUGUUCUUUUCUUACCUUCUGAAGCCACGCCCCCUUCUGCUCUGUUUAGACACACCCACCAUACGUUCUGUUAAGCCAAGAUCAAACAGGCACACCUUGGCCACGCCUCCUCCGGCCACACGAACCUUCUUGGUCACUCCCCUCACCGGCGGUACUCACCCACUUUUUAUUUUGUACUCAGGUAAAAUUCCUCACCAUUGCUGUGUUUUCCAUACUCAAUUGGCCAUUUUUGACCCCCUUUCCACCUUUCUUUUCAACCAAUCACAUUGAGGGAUGGAGCGAGAGGCGGAGCCAGUAGAAACACACGAUAUGGAAGUCUUCCUUGGAAAGCGAUGUUGCUGUAUUCAGAUAUUUUAUACACUUAAUUUAGCUUUGGUGUGAAUGAUGAGCUCAUUUUUAAGUGUGUUCAUUUUUUUGCGCCGGAGGGGCGGCAAACUCAUUAAGGCGUCGAUAGCAUUUAUACCACUUAAUACGCUCUCACUCGGCCAACAAGGACUUUAUUUUUAUUCGAUCUAGAUGGCCGCUGAGGAGGAAAAAAAGAAGGCGGAGCCUUUACCUUUUAUUGUUGCCUACAGUUCUUUUUGAACACAUCCUGAGACAAUGCAAUGCUUUCUAGUCCAUACAAAAAGCACCUUUUUUUCCAUUAUUAGUGCUCAUAAAAAUGUUUAGUGAUUCUCAGAUACAUAUAUA